UGCUAAACUCGCAAAUCUUCUCAGUUUUGUUCGAGACGUUCUUGUGAAAAGUUAGAAUUUAAUUUUUGUGUUUUUAUCAGAAACUUGUUUGUUCGGAGCGAAAAAAAUCACGAUGAAGGCGAUUCUCGUGACAAUUGCCGUCGUCACAUGCCUCUUUGCGUUGCACUUUGAGAGCGUAAACGCCAAAGCUGUUGAUUUGCCCAUCGACCAGAAGGAGCUCGAAGCAUUGGAUUACAUGAAAACGUUGAACGACGACCUCAAUGAACGCACCAACAAACUCACAGAAGCGUCAUGGGCGUAUGCGAGCAACAUCACGGACCACAACUUGGAGGUUAGGAAUCGCAUGUCGGAGGAACAUGCGAAAUUCUUAAAGGAACUUGGCAUCAAACUCAAAGAAUAUCCAUACAAAUCCUUCAAAGACGAGGACUUGAAGCGCAAAUUCAAGAAACUCGUAAAACUCAACUACGCUUUAUUACCCGAGGAGCAAUACAAGGAAAUGUUGGAUGCCAUCUCGAACAUGGAAUCAAAUUACGCCAAAGUUCGCAUCUGUUCCUUCAAAGACAGCAAAAAAUGUGAUUUCCAAUUAGAACCCGAAUUAACUGAAAUUCUCGGAUCGUCACGUGACGAAGCUGAGCUCCGUUACUAUUGGCUUGAAUGGUACAACAAAGCAGGCAAACCCGUGCGAGAACAUUUCCAAAAGUACGUCGACUUGAACAAAGAAGCUGCGAAACUGAAUGGCUUCAAGUCAGGCGCCGAAGUUUGGUUGGAUGAAUAUGAAGUCCCGGAUUUUGAGGCGCAAGUUGAUGCCGUCAUUCAGCAAUUGAGACCUCUUUACGAGCAACUUCACGGAUACGUUCGUCACAAAUUGGUCAAGCACUACGGAAGUGACAUCGUGAAGCCAAAUGGAGCGAUUCCGAUGCAUUUAUUGGGCAACAUGUGGGGUCAAACAUGGGAUGAAAUCAUGGAUAUCACAGCGCCGUAUCCGAGCAAACCGCAACUCGAUGUUAGCGAGGAGAUGAAGAAACAAGGAUAUAACCCCGUAAAAAUGUUCGAAAUGGGCGACGAGUUUUUCCAAAGCCUGAACAUGACGAAAUUACCGCAAAUCUUUUGGGAGAAAUCCGUUUUGGAGAAACCCAGCGAUGGGCGGGAUCUCGUUUGUCAUGCCAGUGCAUGGGACUUUUACAAAAAAGACGAUGUUCGUAUCAAACAAUGCACUCGCGUCACAAUGGAUCAAUUUUUCACGGUUCAUCACGAAUUGGGACACAUUCAGUACUAUUUGCAAUACCAACAUCAACCUUAUGUUUAUCGCGAAGGCGCAAAUCCCGGAUUUCACGAAGCUGUUGGCGAUGUUUUGAGCUUGAGUGUCUCCUCGCCGAAACAUUUAACCAAAAUUGGGCUUUUGAAGAACUACGAACCCGAUCAGGAGGCACUUGUGAAUCAAUAUUUCAAAUCAGGACUUGCUAAAUUCGUAUUUUUGCCUUUUGCAUACACAAUUGACAAAUAUCGUUGGGGCAUUUUCCGCGGAGAAAUCAAACCGGAAGAGUAUAAUUGCAAGUUUUGGGAGUUGAGACACAAAUUCUCGGGAAUUGAACCUCCUGUGGCAAGAACUGAAGAGGAUUUGGAUGCUCCGGCGAAGUAUCAUGUCUCAGCUGAUGUCGAAUAUUUGCGAUAUUUGGUCUCUUAUAUCGUGCAAUUCCAAUUCCAUAAGGCUUUGUGUGAGAAAGCGGGACAAUUUGUGCCUGGAGAUGCCGAAAAAACGCUGAAUAACUGCGAUAUUUAUCAAUCGGCGGAAGCUGGAAAUGCGUUGAAGGAAAUGUUGUCACUCGGAUCAUCCAAACCAUGGCCCGAUGCGAUGGAAGUUCUUACAGGACAACGUCAAAUGGAUGCCGGAGCGUUAUUGGAGUAUUUCAAGCCUUUGUCUGACUUUUUGAUCAAAUACAACAAAGAGAAUGAUGUUCCAAUUGGAUGGGGACCUUCUGAUAAAUUUGCUUGUUCAGCUUAAUUUUUAAAAAUAUUUUUUUACUGUGAACGAAUUUUUUGAUAAAAUCCGAAUAAAGUGUUGUCCCAUGACUUUGGAAGCCCCCCGAGUGUAUUUAAAUCGCUU